AUGAUUUUACGGGAUCUCUUAUUAUUGAUUUUGAUGAGGAUCGGCUUUUGUGAAUAUUGUGGAAACAAUAAAAUUCCAUAUGGGAUUGAGGUGCAUCGAGAUGGUCGAGUGCUUUUGUUGUGCUCGAAGCCGGAUUGUUUUGAUAAGAAAUAUGCGGAAUGUGAUGAGAGACCGCUGAGAACAGAUGGAUGUCCUUCGAACUCGACUUGGGUCGGAGGAUUGCAAAGGACAUCCGAUUUGAAAGUACUUUACACGCAAUGUUGUGAGUAUGAGUAUCUAGCCGAUUACAGUGAAAUACAAUAUAAAAAGGUUGUUGUGAGGCGAGGAGAGUUCUUUGAAGGUGAAGAGAAACAAGAAUCGAAUGGAGACGUCUCUGCUUUUGAUCUCAUCACGAAUAUCCAUCUUGGACACGAUGAGAAGGGCGAAUUCUACGCGAUUCAAGUUCAUCGAUAUUUCUGUGGAAAGGCUCCCGAUCCAGACCCGGCCUGGUCUCCCAAAGAUCCGUGGCCACAUUUUAACUUGAAGCACAAGAAACAU